AUGAUGAGGUUCACUGUCCGUCUGAAAUGCCUGACAAAUUCGCUUCGCGAUUGGAAAGAGACAGAUUUUGGACGAAAGAAUGCAGCUGCUGUUACUGAAGCAUUUCGACCUUUCGCAACUUCUUGUGGGAAGCCGUUUUCGAGGUCAAUGCAGGAGGAAAUUGUUAAUGCACUUCACUCGGGCGAUAGAGGUAGAGCUUCCUGCCUCUUGUCUGAGCUCGGUAAUCGAAGCUUCCCACUGCAAGCUCGUGAUUUUGUCUCUAUUCUUCAUUAUUGUGCGAAAGCACCCGAUCCGUUGUUUGUUAUGGAAACUUGGAAAGUCAUGCUGGAGAAGGAUGUUGAGUUGAGUGACAAUUGCUAUUUUCUUACAAUUCGGUCUCUCUGUAGAGGUGGUCAUCUGAAAGAGGCAUUCCAAAUUCUGCAGAUUCAAAGAGAAAACUCAAACAUAUAUCCAUCAUUGCCUGUUUAUAAUAUUUUGUUAGAAGCCUGUGUCCAAUUGAAUAGCCUAGAUCAUGCUACUGAGUGCUUGACUAUGAUGGAGCAGCAGGGAAUUCGCAAAAAUGAUUAUACAUACAAUUUUCUUCUCAAGCUUGCAGUCUUGCGGGAGGACCUAGCAGCAGUUCAUGAAAUCUGGAAGGAGUAUAUCAACUGCCAUAUUCCAAGCAUUAUAACUGUUCAGAAGUUUAUCUGGUCUUUCACAAUGUUGAAAGAUUUACAGUCUGCUUGUGCUGCCUUACAGCAAAUGAUAGCUGUGGCCUUACAACAAAAGGAUAGCACUGUUGAAACUCCUAAAAGAAUGCUGCUUGAUUCAACCUCGGAAAUUCCCCUACCCUUCUCUGAUGAUUCGGCUCGGAAUAAAUGUGAAGAGAAUAAUGAUUCUUCUGAUCUUUCAACUUCAGAAUGUUGCAAAGAAAGGGAUUUAAACGAGGCUGGCACAAAAAGUUUGUCAAGACAACCAUUCUCCAAACCAGUUAUGAAAUUAUUGGGAAGGUCAGUUGGUGACAUCAUUCAGUCUUGUGCUAAGUCAAAAGAUGUUCUGUUAGCCGAGCAUUUAAUGUUACAGAUGCAAAAUCUUGGCGUGGAACCAUCAAUCUGGGCGUAUGAUGGCUUCGUAAGAUCGUUGGUUCCUGUGAAGCGUUUCAAUGAAGCCAUGGAUGUGCUAGAAGUCAUGCAACAGAAAAAGAUGAAGCCGCUUGACUCGACACUUGCCGCAAUAUCAAUUAGCUGCAGCAAGGAUUUAGAAUUGGACUUGGCUGAGUCAAUGCUCGCCCAAAUGUCCAAAUGCCAUUACGCUUAUCCUUUCAAUGCUUUCCUAGAAGCAUGCAAUACCCUGGGUCAACCUGUACGAGCUCUUAGGAUAUUGGCUAAAAUGAAGGAUUUGAAAAUUAUGCCAGACAUCAGGACUUACGAACUGCUGUUUUCAUUGUUUGGCAACGUCAAUGCGCCCUAUGAGGUAGGAGAUUUGCUGUCUCAUAAUGAUGUUGCUAAAAGGAUAAUGGCCAUAGAAAUGGAUAUGUCAAGGCAUGGCAUCCACCACAGUCGUACAUCAAUCUUCAACCUGUUGAAAGUUUUAGGAAGGGAAGGCAUGAUAAAGGAGAUGAUUCAUUACCUGGGUGUUGCAGAGAACCAGUUCUUACAGAGAAGCAGUCAUAUAGGGGCACGUAGUUACAACAUGGUUUUACAUUCUCUUGUUGAGGCUAAAGAAAGUAAUAUUGCCAUUGAGAUAUUCAAGGGAAUGAUGUCAUGCGGACUCUCACCAAAUGCAACCACUUACAACAUUAUGAUCGACUGCUGUAGCAUUAUAAAAUGCUAUAGAUCUGCUUGUGCUAUAAUCUCGAUGAUUAUUCGUCGUGGUUUCUCCCCCAAUUCAGUGACUUGCACACCUCUAGUUAAGAUCUUGUUGGACUAUGAGGACUUUGAUGAGGCAUUUGAACUGCUGGAUCGUGCGAGCUCAGAAUGGAUAAAACCCGAUUUGUUUUUGUACAACACAAUUCUUCAGGCAGCUAUGCAAAAGGGAAGGAUUGAUGUGAUCGAGCUCAUUGUAGAACAGAUGUAUCGAGAGAAAAUCCAACCCGAUCCAUCCACUUGCAGUCACGUUUUCACGGCAUACGUAGAAAGUGGCUUCCAUAGCACCGCCAUGGAAGCAUUGCAAGUUCUAAGCAUGAGAAUGAUUUCGCAAGACGAAAAUAUUCUCGACGAAAAAAAAUUAGAGUAUGAGAAUCUUAUUAUUGACGAGGACCCAGAGACUGAAUCGCGGAUUAUCGAGGUUUUUAAAGAUUUUCCAUCUACUGGUGUGGCCCUACUGUAUUUAAGGUGGUCCGCAACCCUUGAAUUCCCGAUAUCUUGGUCACCAAGUGAAAGCCCAUGGGCUAAGAGGCUCUCGAGUGAUUAUGCUUUGAGACAUAGUGGCCGAUGA